ACGUCUCUGGCGCUGAUAUCCGCCAUUAGUCACUUGACACUGGUACUGUACGAGGCCAGUGGCAUGCUGCCACAUGGCUUUUCAUGAGCGGAGAAGAGGUUUGGUGGAUGAAUCUGGAAAAACAACCGGCGACUUGGGCGACGAUAAAUGCAGACCCACCAGGAGAGACUUGACUUCUGCAGAUCAGAUUCCAAUGUCGAUAAAAAGGGUUGUGACGAAUGAAAUCGCCCCGAGAGCUCCACAAAAGAUGGCGAGAUGAUCGAAAGGUCAUGGAAAAAUAAAUCAUUUACCCUCCAAUAUAAUGCAAAAUAAAGCAGGAAAAAGUAUUGGGCGCUCCAUGGGCCUGGACUGAACCGUUCUUUAUACCCGGCAAAGCCACCCCAAGGCCCGACCCCUAUACAGCUAUGCAAAGUCGUUCCUCACGGUCACCUUUCUCAUCUCAGGCGGUUCAAUCCGAUGACUUCCCGCAAGAACAGUGACGACUCAUCCACUUCUCCAUCCUCACCCAAGAACGUGUUCAAGGAUCCAGAUGGUGGGCAACGACGGUUUUUGCUUGAGCUCGAAUUCGUGCAGUGCCUGGCGAAUCCCACCUAUAUUCACUAUUUGGCUCAGAACCGAUACUUUGAAGAUGAGGCUUUUAUUGGUUACUUGAAGUAUCUUCAGUACUGGCAACGCCCCGAGUACAUCAAGUUUAUAAUGUACCCCCAUUGCUUGUUUUUUCUGGAGCUUCUCCAGAAGGCAAACUUCCGCAAUGCGAUGGCACACCCUGGCAACAAGGAAUUGGCGCAUCGGCAGCAAUUCUUUUUCUGGAAGAACUACAGAAACAACCGUUUGAAGCACAUAAUGCCUAGGCCUCUUCCAGAACCUCCAGCUGUAACCCCUGCUCCAGCUCCACCACAGGCACCUACACCUCCCAUGUCAGCUACAAUUGCAGCUACUGCUCCUCCCCCUCCAGCCCUUUCUCCCAUGCCGUACGGAGUUCUGCCUGGAUCAUCUCUUGCCAAAAAUGACAUGAGGAAUACUGCAGUGGAUCGGAGGAAGAGAAAGAAGGAAGCUUAAACUUGUAUAGAUUUUAAGAGACGGGUAGGCGCUCAUCGAGGCUGUUCCCCGGAAUGAGACUUUUUGUUUUGUGGGUCAAAGGUGACUAUGGGAGUGUUGGGUGGAGCAGUUUGUGACGAUGCACAUUCUGCAGUGGGGCUGACCUUGUUGAUAAACAGCAUUGUGGUCUUGCAUUGAAGAGGUGAUAGCAUUUUAGUUGCUCAGAUCGUGAUUUAAACUUCUGGAGCUGGCGUUGCUUGCUUGAUGGUACCCCUCACCUGUGAUUUUCACUCUCUUUGAGAGGAAAUUUAUGAGCUGUCCUCAAAAUUGUUGGUCUAACUUUGGUACAGACUCGCUAUUGUAAGUCAUUCAUCUCGUGUUUGAUGAAAUGAAUCCGCUCGAAUAGAUCAACCGCAAA